AUGAAUACUUUAAGAAUCAUAACGGCCUUAGUGCUGACUUGUUUUGCUAAGGCACAAGCAACACCUUGUGAUGGAUUUCCAUCACAAUAUUAUGGACUAGGCCAAUCUGGUUAUCCACCAGCACUACCACUCCCUUGCCCAUCACCUCCACCACCAUUCUCACUCCCACUCUCUCUUCCAUUCUUACCUCCAUCACCACCCCCGUGUUUACCACUACCACCAUUACCACUUCCACUCCCUUUCUUACCACCCCCACCCCCACCAUACUUCCUUCCACCACCAUGUUCACCACUACCACCAUUACCACUCCCUCUUUCUUGCUUACCACCACCACCGCCUCCCUGUCUUCCAGCCCCGUGCCUUCCAGCUCCAGCUCUACCACCCCCAUGUCUUCCUGCCCCAGCUCUACCACCACCGUGCCUUCCACCACCAGUUUUACCACCCCCAUGUCUUCCAGCCGCACCUCUGCCACCAUGUAUACCAUCACCGCCCAUUAGUCCAGCGGCUCUAGCCGCUUUAUUAGCCACUCUUAAAGCAGCGGCACCUUUUUCACCCCUUGCCACACUCCCUGUUCCACCGCCUGCCCUACCAGCCUGUGCACCCGCCCCAACUGUAGCUACAACCCUGACAGUCCCCGCACCUGCACCUCAGGUCAUAGCUCCAGGACCAGCACCAGGUCCAUUGAUAGUCCAAUUGCCGUCAGUAGCUGGAAAGUCAGCGCCAAUCGUUGUUCCCGCCGGUCCAGCCGCUAAUCUGAUUGUUAAACUGGCUCAAUGUCCAGCUCCCGCACCCAUCAUACUUCCAGGAGCGGCACCCGGGCCUAUUGUCAUUAACGACGGAAACGUAAUCAAGGAACAGUCCAUCACGCGUGCACCAGCUCCAGAUCCAAACAAAAUAUUCUUCGCGUUACCACCGCCAUUACCGACUCCACCUGUCGUGUUACCACCCGCGCCAUUGCCAAAAGUGUUCUUCAAUCCCGGUCUAUAUGUCCAAAAACCUGAUAUCGUAUACCAAACUCCAGUCGGUCUACCUCUGUUUUUGAUUCCGUCGCCGUGCCCAUGCCCAGCACCGUGCUACCCACCACCCGGUCCAUGCAACCUACCACCAGUCCUUGCUAAGGUUCCUUGCGUUUGUUAA